UUUUUGUGCCUGUAACCUUCUGGUGGUACUGUUAUCUUUGACAAAGUAUUCUAUUUUGUCUAUUUCAAGUUUGUGAUUUGUCCUUCAUCUGACAUUUCAUUUUUCCAUCUUGCGGGUGUGAGACGUGUGUGAUUUCAUAUUUCAAUUCAACUUAUUCCGCAAACAUGUCCAAGAUUGGUAUCAACGGUUUUGGCCGUAUCGGCCGCCUGGUUCUUCGUGCUUCCAUUGAGAAAGGCGCACAGGUUGUCGCCAUCAAUGACCCCUUCAUUGGCUUGGACUACAUGGUCUACAUGUUCAAGUAUGACUCCACUCACGGGCGCUUCAAGGGCACAGUAGAAUCUGCUGACGGCAACCUCAUUGUUAAUGGCAACAAAAUUGCUGUCUUCUCUGAAAGGGACCCCAAGGCCAUCCCCUGGGGCAAGGCUGGAGCUGAAUAUGUUGUAGAAUCCACCGGUGUCUUCACCACAAUAGACAAGGCUUCCGCUCACUUGGAAGGUGGUGCCAAGAAAGUCAUCAUCUCUGCACCCAGUGCUGACGCACCCAUGUUUGUCGUCGGUGUCAACUUAGAAGCCUAUGAUCCAUCCUACAAAGUCAUCUCCAAUGCCUCUUGCACAACCAACUGCUUGGCUCCACUCGCCAAGGUCAUCCAUGACAACUUUGAAAUAAUUGAAGGUCUCAUGACUACUGUUCACGCUACAACCGCAACCCAGAAGACAGUGGAUGGACCCUCUGGCAAGCUGUGGCGUGACGGCCGUGGCGCCCAACAGAACAUCAUUCCUGCUUCCACCGGUGCAGCCAAAGCUGUGGGUAAGGUCAUUCCUGCACUCAAUGGAAAACUGACGGGUAUGGCAUUCCGUGUACCAGUAGCCAAUGUAUCAGUAGUGGACCUGACGGUACGCCUGGGCAAGCCUGCUAGCUACGACGCCAUCAAGCAGAAAGUCAAGGAAGCUGCACAAGGUCCUCUUAAGGGAAUUCUGGGGUACACCGAAGACCAAGUUGUAUCGUCUGACUUUAUUGGUGACUCUCAUUCAUCCAUCUUUGACGCUGCUGCGGGUAUCUCUCUCAAUGACAACUUUGUCAAACUUAUCAGCUGGUACGACAAUGAGUAUGGCUAUUCCAGCCGUGUCAUUGACCUCAUCAAGUACAUCCAGACCAAGGAUUAAUUUAGAACAAGAGAUACAAUACUGUCGAGAUUAACGACGCUUAUAUGUUAAGUUUAAGUGUAGCUGUGUAUUAUUCAAAAUUGUGUUUAAUAAACUACUUUGAUAGUAGUGAUAUGCUUGUGUAAUUCUAUUUAAAGUGUAAAUGUGUAAAAGAAAUGCUGUUAAUUAAAGUACCUAAUUAAAAGUUCUUACAAGAGCACUAACUCUC